CAACCAGCGCCCCGACCGCGUGAACCGACAGCCUACUGUGCAGCCGCCACGGCGCCCAAACCGCAGCUCUCCGAUCCUUCACAACCCGCUUCAAGAUGAUGGGGUGGUGGUCGUCUGGGGCCAACAGCGCCCUAGAUGAGCAGAUAGAGAAGGCCACGAGCAGCAGCCUUGAAGACAUCGCCCUCAACCUCGAGAUCUCCGACGUCAUAAGAUCGAAGACGGUGCAGCCCAAGGAAGCGAUGCGCUCGCUCAAAAAGCGCAUCAACAACAAGAACCCGAAUACUCAACUGAGUGCUCUGAAUCUCACCGACACCUGUGUCAAGAACGGCGGCGCCCACUUCCUCACGGAAAUCGCGUCUCGAGAGUUCAUGGAGAGUCUGGUCUCGCUUCUCAAAGCGGUCGGGCCCAACACAGUGAACGCCGAAGUGCGCGCCAAGAUCCUCGAACUCAUCCAGUCCUGGGCCACAGCGACAGAAGGUCGGUACGAGCUGGGAUAUAUCGGGGAGGUAUAUAGGACGCUGCAGCGCGAAGGCUUCCAGUUCCCUCCGCGGGUGAGCGUGGCCAGCAGCAUGAUAGAUAGCAGCGCGCCCCCUGAGUGGGUCGAUUCCGAUGUCUGUAUGAGGUGCCGCACUGCUUUCACCUUCACCAACAGAAAACACCACUGCCGCAACUGCGGGAACUGCUUCGAUCAGCAAUGCUCGAGCAAAACGCUCCCUCUUCCUCACCUCGGCAUCACGCAGCCGGUUCGUGUGGACGACGGGUGUUAUGCAAAGCUUACCGACAAGUCUUCCCGAGGCGGAGGAAUUGGUCAUGAGCGUUCCCCUACCUCCGCUGCGUUUCCGAGCAAGCCCCGGUCGUCCUCGAUGCAACCACGGAAUGCCCGGGUGGAUGAUGGUUUUGACGAAGAUCUCAAGAAGGCGCUGGCGAUGAGCCUGGAGGAAGUCCAAAAGCAUUCCCGGGGUUAUGUCUCCUCCCCCGCGAGUGGGCCGUCUGCCAGCCAGCCCAAGGUGAACGGUCACUCCCAGCCCAAAGUUGCCGAGGAGGAGGAUGAAGAUCUCAAGGCCGCCAUUGCAGCGUCCUUGGCGGAUAUGGAGGAGCAAAAGAAGAAGCACGCUGCAGCGUUGAAGGAGCAAGCAUCGAACGCGGUGUCUUCUUCAUCAUCAGCGCCGCUUGCGCUUCCGAAGAACGACUACGAGCUCACGCCGGUUGAGGCGGAAAAUAUCAACCUCUUUGCUACUCUUGUCGACCGGCUUCAAACGCAGCCUCCCGGGACUAUCUUGCGCGAGCCGCAAAUCCAGGAACUCUACGACAGCAUUAGUGCUCUGCGGCCCAAGCUCGCCCGGACCUAUGGGGAGACAAUGAGCAAGCACGAUACCCUUCUUGACCUGCACGCGAAACUCUCGACGGUCGUGCGAUAUUACGAUCGUAUGCUCGAGGAACGUUUGUCUAAGGCCUACAGUCAGCACAGCAUAGGGGGGUACAACCUGCCGCCGCCGAGGCACGCCUCUGGACCGUAUCCUUCUCUGCCUCCUAAUGCGGCCAGCGGUCCCGGGCCGGCAGAGAACUUCUACACUGGCGAGCAACAACAGGAUUAUAGCCGCCCGGUGGGACACCCGUCGUACCCGCAACCGACACCGCAAACCCAACCCCAACCGCAGUAUCCUGGAGCCUACGACAGGCGAGGCUCCGUCGUCGGUGCUCCCCCCAACCAAUACCCCUCUCACCAGGUGCCUCAGCACACUGGAAGUUGGGGCCACGCGCCUCCUACCCAGACACCGCAAUACAACCAGCAGCCCAGCUACAGUCCCAGUGAGCCAGCGCCUCCACAAGACCAGAAGCAGCAAACACCGGCUCCGCCGCAUCUAUCGACCCCAUCCGCACCAGGUGACUCUGUGGGCACCACCCCCACCGCCGACCCAAACGCGUCGUUCUAUUUCAACUCGCCGCCUCAACAACAACAACAACCUCAGCAGCCUCCUAGUUCUCCGCCCGAGCCGGCCCUGUCCCCCUAUCCUAACCUUGCGCAACCAAUGCAUUCGUAUCAGCCGUCGCUACCACAGACGCCAGCAUCCAUCCCUGCUCAACCAUCUCAGCCGCAGCAGACGCACCAGGCACCGCCGCAGGCGCAGCAGCCGUACUGGCAACACGCCGCUGCCCAGCAGACCCCGCUGCCACCUGUGUGGCAGGCCCCGCCCACCGCCGCAUAUGCCGGCUACUCCCAGGAGGCUUUCCCUUCCGUGCCGCAGCACACUCCCAAGCCGCCGGUUGUGGAGGAGAGUUUGAUCGAGCUUUGAAGGACCGGAUGGCGUGCGAGCAUGUUGGACUGCGACGGCAGACUUCGCAUUUGAACGGAGACCUUAUUUGUCCGGACGGGGGAACUGGGAAAUUGUUACCAUGCCUAAGAUUCUGUUCUGAGAGGGAGGCGUUCACGGGA